AUGCUCUGCCGCGCAGUAGCAGCACGUCCGUUUAUCCGGGCUGCCUCGAGAGGAGGUCCAGAUGCUCUCCGUACAAUGGCAACGUUGCGCGAGAUCGAGUUGCGCCUCAAGUCUGUGAGGAACAUUGAGAAAAUCACCAAGUCGAUGAAAAUGAUUGCCUCGACGAAGAUGGUCAAGGCCCAGCGUGCAAUGGGUUCUGCAAAAACAUAUGGCGAGGCCAACGCAGAAAUCUUCAAGAAUGUCACCCCCAACGAGCCGCAAAAGCGCAAACUGUUCAUCGUCGUCUCGUCCGACAAGGGACUUUGCGGUGGUGUUCACUCCGCGCUCACCAAGCUCACGCGCAGGACGCUCGCCGACCCGAAGGGCGACGUGGAUCCGACGAGUCCCAUCGUCGUGAUUGGUGACAAGGCAAAGGCUCAGCUCGUCCGUGCGCUCCCCAAGAAUCUCAUCCUUUCCGUCAAUCAAAUUGGAAAGGAUGUCCCUACGUUUGCCGACGCGGCUGGUGUUGCCGAUCUCGUCUUGCAAAGCGGCGCCAAGUACGACUCGAUUGUUAUUGUAUACAACAAGUUCCUGAGUGCCAUUGCAUACGAGGCGUCGAUGCGAGAGAUUCAGCCUCAGCCUACGCUCGAAAAGUCGGAUGGCUUCCGCAAAUAUGACCAAGAGGAAGAGGCGACGAGCAACCUCGCCCAAUUUACGCUUGCCAAUGCUAUCUAUUCUGGCCUCGUCGAGGGUCACGCUGCCGAGAUUAGCGCUCGCCGCAAUGCGAUGGACAAUGCCUCGAAGAAUGCGACCGACAUGAUUGGAUCUCUGCAGAUGAAGUACAACCGCGGGCGACAGGCUGCCAUUACCAAUGAGCUCGUGGAUAUUAUUACUGGCGCGAGUGGAAAGACGCUCGGUAGCGGCACAUACGCCGUUGUGAAAGAAGCCGUUCACAUCAAGACGGGCACCUACUAUGCUUGCAAAGUCAUCAACAAGAAGCUCAUGGAGGGCAGGGAACACAUGGUCAGGAAUGAAAUUGCUGUUCUCAAACACGUCUCCCGCGGCCAUCGCAACAUUGUGACCCUCCACGAUUAUUUCGAGACGUCGCACAAUCUCUACCUCAUCUUUGACCUCUGCACCGGCGGAGAGCUCUUUGAUAGGAUUUGCGCAAAGGGAAACUAUUACGAGGCCGACGCUGCCAGCCUUGUCCGCACUAUUGUGGGCGCAGUGGCCUAUAUUCAUUCCACGGGCAUUGUCCAUCGUGAUCUCAAGCCCGAGAACCUCCUCUUCCGCACAAAGGACGAAGAUGCGGACAUUAUGAUUGCCGAUUUCGGUCUCAGUCGUAUCAUGGACGAGGACAAGCUGCACUUGUUGACAGAGGUUUGUGGAACUCCGGGCUACAUGGCGCCUGAAAUCUUCAAGAAGACUGGACACGGAAAGCCGGUCGAUGUUUGGGCAGUCGGUGUCAUCACGUAUUUCCUGCUGUGCGGGUACACACCGUUUGAUCGUGAUACACAAGAGGAGGAGGCCAGAGCCAUCAUGCGUGGAGACUACAAGUUUGAACCGGUGGCGUACUGGGCCAAUGUCUCGGAAACUGCACGCGACUUUGUUCGCACGUGUCUCACCAUUGACCCGAACCGCCGACCCACGGCGGAGCACUUGUUGAAACACAAGUGGCUCGCAGAUGCCACCCCGCACUUUGUUGCCGAUCCGGAAGGCACCGGACAGCCUGUCGAUUUGUUGCCUCAUAUUCAGAAGCAAUUCGACGCGAAGAGGACUUUCCGUCGCGCGGUGCAUACUGUCACGGCGUUGAAGCGCAUGUCGAUGAGUGUAGCCGCAAAUCAAAGCGAGCUUGCCAAGCAGGUUAAACAGUACAAGGAGGAUGCAGAGAAUGAACAUCUUUCACAGGCCGACGAGAUUACAUACCAUCAUCAGGACGCCGCACCACCGUCGCCUACACCUUCGGCUGGAAAUCUUCCGAAGCAGCAAGAGGCGGCUAUCACACAGAAGGACGGGGCACUUGCUCCUCCUAAUACGGUGCCUGCGGCCUCUACCAGCGGUGUCGCCAGUUCGAAUGCGUCCCAAAAGUCUCAGGAACCCUCGACGCAUAGCGGUCAAGGCAAGGCCAGCCAAGAGGACAUUACUCGCGGGAUGCAGCGUACAAACCUGCAUGACUGA